AUGGAAUCAGCCGAUUUGCAAUUGCCUGCUGGAUUUAGAUUCCACCCAACCGAUGAAGAGCUCGUGAUGCAUUAUCUGUGCCGGAAAUGUGCUUCUGAGCCGAUUGCAGCUCCGGUUAUUGCAGAAAUUGACUUGUACAAGUAUGACCCAUGGGACCUUCCCGGAUUGUCUUUGUAUGGUGAGAAGGAGUGGUACUUUUUUUCUCCAAGGGACAGGAAAUACCCGAAUGGUUCGAGGCCGAAUCGGGCUGCUGGAGUUGGGUAUUGGAAGGCAACCGGGGCCGAUAAACCGAUUGGGAAGCCGAAGCCGGUCGGAAUUAAGAAAGCUUUGGUUUUCUAUGCCGGAAAGGCACCGAAGGGUGAGAAAACCAAUUGGAUCAUGCACGAGUACCGGCUUGCCGAUGUGGACCGGUCUGUUCGAAACAAGAACAACAGCUUGAGGCUGGAUGAUUGGGUGCUAUGCCGCAUAUACAACAAAAAGGGUAGCAUUGAGAAGCAACGCGUCAAUAGCCGCAAAGUGAUGGCAUCAGAGGAAGACAAGAAGCCCGUCAUGCCGCCAGAUGAAGACAAGAAGCCCGUCAUCAUGACGUCAUCCCCGCUGGUGCACAAAGACUUCAUGUGCCUCGAAGCAUGUGAUUCUGUCCCAAAGCUCGACUCUAGCUGCUCUGAGCACGUGCUGUCCCCUGAGUUCAUGUGCGAAAGGGAGUAUCAGAGCAAUUUUCAGGUGGACCCGGUGCAUGAUAUGUUCACGUAUCUCUCCAAAUGA